AACUUAAAAGAUGUCGAUUCCGCCUUUUCAAGAUCUUCACAUUUUACAAAGCCUAGCUGCUUCCCCGGUACAAUUUGACGCAAAAGGGGUGAGUAUGAAAAUAUCCUAGGUGGGCUUUUACCUCAGGAAAGUUAAAACUGUUUACACGAUAUUUGGUUGGUUAAGAAGAAAAUUCUACAAGGUGAGAGGCAAUUACCUUCGCCUAGGCGUUCUGGGUUCGCAUAGUAUUUGUGUUUGUGGUAUGUUUUACAAAUAGAAAACGGUGGAGUUUUCUAAGAAGAUAGAAAACACCAAAGUGUAUUUCACUUAGUGACACUUUUGGUUUGCCGUUUUUGCAUUCGGUGGUUGCAUUACAUACUUGAGCGUACAAUUUAUAAGUACAGCAUUCUCAAAGUAUCACUUGAUGUUGUCUAGGUAGAGAAUUGCAUGAGAAAUGGUCGGUAACUGAUUUCCGUUCAUUUUCCUUCCGCACGCAGCCGAUAAAACGGUGGAAAAAAAUCAUAGCACGUGUAGCCGUGAAACGUUCACUGGCUUACCUCACCCAAACCAACAAUGUUAAAAAGAAUUGACACAAAAUUUGCAGGUCUACAACACACAAAGCGAAAACUAAUAAACACUAAGCUGACAUAGCAUUCAGAAAUGAUUAAUGUUAGAUUGAUUUGCACUAGAAGUCGUCACCAAGAGCGAAAUGAGCGAAAGCGGCAGCGAUGGCUAGAGUAUCAACUCGUUUGUAGCGGGAACGAGUGCUAGUUUCAGUUAUGACACUCUUAAGACCAAAAAAUCCAUUAUAAAAGUCCAACGGCUCUCCUUAUUUACCUGAUUUUAUGGUUAUUUCUUCAGCACAUUGGUGCGAGUCGCUGUUGAUUUGAAAAUGACGGCACUAAGUCCUUCGGUAGCCAUCGUUUCGCGGAAACUGAAACUUCACCAAUUUCUAGUCUAUCUUGAUUGAGAAAAAUAUCUCGAUCAUCCUUUAACAAAAUACCCUCGAACAGUUAGGCGCAGUGCAUUCAGUUUCCAAGCGUUUUGUAAGUGCAGGAGCUGUUAGUAGAAACUCAGUCGAUGUAAAGGCAAUGUACUUUACACUUUACUUGGUGCUUUAGGUAUGUUAAGUUUGCUUUCGGUCGCCUUUCAUCCGCUUUCUUCAAGCUCGUGUUGUGACAGACAGAUAUGGACAUUUUGGACAGCUCGUUCACUUUCCAUCGCUAUCAAAUAACCAACCUCUCGAAAUAUACGUUUGAAUGCUUAUCCUAAACACUUAAAGAAAAAGGAGAUAUAAGGGAUCAAGUCAUUUCGCGCCUACUAUGUCAAAAGAGAAUGCAGUAAACCUUUACCUAGAAAUAAUUAGUCCACACUGUUCCACUUGUUCAAAACGUUUGUUCCAGCCAAGAAAAUCCACACUUGGAAGUAAAGCGACGAACUCUUCUUAAAUUUUCCUAAAAGACUUUGACAUAUGUUGUAACAACCGGUCUCUUUAUGCCAUUUCAGUGCGCUUGAGCUUUUCAAUAAGUGUCUUUUUUUCUUUUUCCUCUGUAAACACCGCCAGCGUCAUUUAUUUCUUGGCGCCUUCGAGAUUUUUUGACAUCCAGCACGCUUGAAAAAACCGACGAACGUUUCCCGCGAUUUAUAUUUGCCCAUUCAUGCAAAUCCCUGAAAAAUUUUCAAUACAGACACUUUGUGAAUGUGCGGCAAAAUGUGCCGAUUGAUCGAUGCGCUGAAGAAAUGUCACGACUUAUAACUCAUGGCCUUUUCAAAUUUAAGUCAACACAACCGACACACAGCAUAUUAAUAGUCAUGGCGGUAUCGACAGUCGAAUAAAAGAAUAAAACUACAGUUGUAAAGUGAACGAGGACGCAAGAAAAGGACCGCGUGUUUUUUAUUUACUUAUUUCAAGUAAGAUUCUUUUAAACAGGUUAUCAUAAACCAGUCCGAAAACGAGCCACAUCACGUACAACCGGGAACCGAGUACUUAACCAUUGCCAAAAUUACUAUCGAAACUAAUCCCAUGGCGAAGAUCCCAUUUUGCCAUUGCAAUGUUAGGAAUAACAAUGACGGCUUUUAUUUUCCAGUGUUUUGCGUUUUAAACUUAUUGCUAUAUUGGCCUUAAAGUGAACUAAAACACACUGAGGAGCAAUUACUACAGGAAGGAAGGGAUUGAAGAAAAAGGAAAGAACACAAAUUCACUGACACCUGCGCAUUUAUGUGAAGAAUUUAUGAAGAUGAGAACAACUUUUUAGACAAUAGAUAGAUUUAGUAGUUCGAAUCUUCUCCUUCAGUAAAAAUCUCUACAGGAUGCGAGUCUCUGAAUGUCUUGAAGUAGUGCACAAGAGACACCCAUUUAAAACUAAUUCCAUCGAGUUUCUAAAGCAUUUCAGAACGAUGUUUUGUUGACAUAUAUCUCCCCACAUAGAUUAAACAGCCGACAAAAGCAAUUACUAAAAGGAGGCACUCACACAAGCCUCUAUAUCUUAUUUUGGUUGAAAGUUAAGCGGAUUACAAAGAAAAUCUUUUUGGGAAAAGAAAAGCAGGUUUGUUUGAGUUUGAAAUCGAGAUGUGAACCUUUGGAAAGAGGUUAUAUAGGGUCGGGCAUGUUUCAGUUUCUUUGCAUUGGAUCUUCUGCAUUGGCUUAAUGGGUGGGAAUGAAGGUUUUUGUUCGGUUAGGGUAUCCCAGAUGAAUCCGAAAUUUUCCAUUUGGUCUUUGUUCUUCCGUAGUUGUAAAUAAAGUAAAUUAAAAUAAAAUAAAAACUGGAAAAGUCCACAACAAAAGGUGAAAAACAAAGAAUUUGGUCAAUGGCAGUAUGAGCAACACGUAGUUUUCGACGAUUGAAGUUUUUCGCAGGCUAUUAUUCUCUAAACGGCCAUCAAACUGGUAUUUAUCACGGAUAAAAUAUCAACUUCUUGUGCUCACCCCCAUAAGCUGUUUAGCUCAUUUAUUGAAAGAAACGCAAGCCCGUUAAUGGUAUUAAAAGUAUUCCUUUAAAGCGAAUUUCUGUAAAGUGUAUAUGUUAUCCGGUUGACGGACGGAUUGUGUUUGAUACCUCCCGACACGACUCUGAUAAUUAUCGUCUGGCUGGUGCUAAACGUUCCCGGACAGUAGAUUGACAAGUCCAAAGCUUUUCAAAAUAAACCCAAGUUAACCUAAAGGUUUUCCGGCUGUUCUCGCUGGGAUAAUUAAAAGAGACAGUUGAAAGUGUAUUAUCAGUGCUGAGCGGUUUCACGAUGUAGUUGUCAAAGUUUCAGAUCAGGCGUGACCAGCUGAUUGAAGAGGCAGGCAAAAAAUAAUAAUAAAAGUACGACGAUCAUGAACUGAUUCCAACAAUAACAACUGACUGAAAACUUCUCUCGUCCAUAAAUUUAUUUGCAGAGUUUGUAAAUACAAAGAGUUUAUGAAUAGGGCCUUGUUUUAAAGCCAAGUGAAGGGAAACUUGCUUCUUGUCUGACAUCAUAAUCAUUUGUACAUCAUUUUGUGGACGAAGCUUAGGAAUUCCUUGAAAAUUCUCUUUGAAAACCAGCCUUUGUCCAUUUGCCGUUCUGUGGCUAUUUCUUAGCAAAUUGGAUUUGUGUGUAAAGAACGAGGACGGAGAUUAAGUCGAAGAUGCCUUCACUUCUAAAAUCCAAUAUGGAGGGCAGAUGUCAAGUCUGCGAUUUUAAGUAGUGUUUUCAACACCAUGAAAUACAUGAUUAAACCAUUUUUAGAUGCUCUAGCAAAAUAGGUGUGGAAAUUUUCACUUUCCGCCAAGGAUUCUUCAUUUUAAAACGGUGUUGACUGAGCAAUUUCCACGAACGGAUGGAUCCACUUUACGGGAGCUCCGCUCAAGGCGUGUUCUCCAUGUCUCUUCUGAUUUUCGAGUCCCGCGACUUGUGGGUCUGCGACCUCAACAUAAUAUUUUAUAGUCUCAAUAUUGUACCACAAUCCACGUUUCCUCUUGGUAACAAGCGAACUGGAACCUGAUGCACGACGAUAAAUUUGUUUCAAAUUUUUUUCUCGGUGGCACAACAUUUUACUCGAGGAAAACAACCCACUCCAUUCGGUCUUUUCUCUUCUUGAUAACCGUUUGAGCUUAACAUUCAAAAAGCCUUUUCUUAUGCUUGGAGUGCUUUGCUAUUUUCGAUGGGCAGAAGCUGCAUUUUUUAAAUAUAAUAAGUGGUUUAUUUUUAGGUGCAUGAAAAAUUCUUUCGCAAUUUAAAAUUUGCACGGAAAGGUCUGACAGUGUAAUCGAUGUACUGUAAUUCUAAACCGAAGCUCUCUCCAUUGAAUAUUGAAGUCAUAUGUCGCUCUCAACGGCAGUCGUUUGAAGUUUCGAGAGGCCGAUUAGAAAAGCUGCAGACGGUCAAGAUCAAAACACAGGCACAUAAGCGUAACGAAAGGCUUGGCUAAUUAUUUCGAAGCGAACAAGUGUGGAGUGGAAGGUGAGGAAAGCUUUAUUGGCACAUUUUGGGCACAACGACUGUGUUCACCGCCUUUGCGCCACCAUUAAUAUGCAACGUAGUGUCACUGGGUCGACAUGGCAUUAAGCUGGAAAUGUGUGGUGAAUUACUGCGGGCUGCUAAGAGGCCAUAAGAAUUCACGUGAAAGCAAUUUGUAAUAACACCUAAGCUUUUAAAAGUUACGAUCAAAGCAGUGCCUUCUCCGCGCUUGAAGCGUGAUUGAAAGCGUCUGAAAUUUAAAGCACAGAGUGAUUCGUAUCCUCAGAACUUGUUUGAUGCUGCUGUUUAAACAAGGCAUAAAAGCGAAAAAAGUAGUUUUAAUGCAAAAACACACUCCUUCACCAACUGAACAAAGUCCAACCCAUUAAACGAUGCGCUGAUUCGAUAGCCAGCGGAGAAUAAAAAUGUCAUGUCAGUGGCGUUUUAAAAUCUUUUGUCAUUUUGUGCUCGAAAUUCCUUUCUAUCCUUUCGGUGUUGUGAUAUAACAGCCGCUUUGAUUUUGAAAUCACACCGUUUGUUUUAUACACGUAACUCCGUCGACCGCCACAAGCAUCCUAACACGUUAUCAUUGUUGGUUCUGCCAUCUAAAGCACAUCUUGUUUACGAUCGAAUCUUGUUUUUAAAACUCCGCAUUCGCUUCUUAGAUCCGACGGUUUUGAAACGGAGUAAAGCUAUCGUGCAGAUAUGUUGAUACAGCAAUCAGCUGAAACGUAUUUCACCCACUUCAAGGAGAUAUUCUCCAAAGCAUAAUCCAAGGGUAGAAAAAUAAGUAUCCUGGCUUACUUACUGUUGUGAGUUGUUUUUUUUUUUUCUUUUCAUUGGUUCCAGUGCCUUCAUUUAUUCCAGCGGGUUAUAAUUCCUAGAAUAUUCACUCCAAUGCGGGCUAUGUCCCUCACGUCCCAAUUUUAAUUUGAAGUGCGUUUGAUUGAUGCCAUGGCUUGUCCCCCUUGCUAACCGCCAAGAGAGUUGUAAAAGGGUUUUAAUGGAUACGACAUAGCUGUCAUGCCUUUGUUGUGAAAUUGAAGUAUGGUUUUUAUUUUGAGACAAAUCAAGGCUGUUAUGUCGUACACUGUCUUCACAGAUACCGAACUCGAGAUGUGCUGGUAGUUUUAAUGGCUAUUAAAGGGGCAAAGGUUCUUUAAUCCGAUAACACAAACAGCCGUGUUUUCCCCCACACGGUGGUAAGGAAAAACCUCGAGCAAAAGAAACAAACAGCAACAUGACAGUCAUGACACUUAGCUAUUGCCUUUAAUGACAGCUUUUAUUGUGAGUAUUGGAGAGCCAUCGUAAUUUCAUGCAUGAUGUACAGAGUUUAAACAGUCUUUUCAAAGGCAUUCGACUGUGGAUUUCUUGCUGUCGCCAAUCUUUCCCGCUUUUUGUGUUUGGUGCAGAGCUUUAUAUUAGGCAUAAAGGAAACAGAAAUUGAUGUUGCGAUAAUACACGAUGGAAAUCUUUAUCAUGGCUGCUUUCUUUUGCGCACCUCCAAAAUUGCGAAGUGUACAUUUACACGAGACGAGUUUUUUUUUCAGUUUUUGCCUCGACAUUUGUCUUACAAUUUUCGCUUGAUUUAUCCCACCUUCAAGCUCUCGAACGAUGCUCAAGACAUAUCUAACAUUCUUUUCCAACACACAGAACGCCGGGAAAUCGAGCUGGCAAAUUUGAGGAUAUCGAGAAUAUCAUCCUUUCUCUGAUGGGCCACAGCGACGCCUGCCGAGGAAACACUUUGACUGGCGCUCUACUUUAUUUCCUUAUAAUUUUAAGGUCUUUCGAGAGACCCAGUGAAACUCUUAAAAAGUUUCACCGAAUCUUGAGAAUUGUACGGAAAUCAAUUUUAUCCGCCAUAAAGAUUUGCCAGCUGCUUACUGUUGUCCCAAAUUCUAGUACAUGUAGAUCUACUAUACGAGAAAGUCGCUUUUUGUUGCUUCAGGAACUUAAGUCUUUAAAAAAGCUAAAACCUAUUCCAGGGAAUCGAUUUUUAUUGUGUAAAAAUAUUUUAACCCAUUUUUUUUUAAUGAUAAAAAUGCCUGGACGUUUUUGAGUAAGCGACAUUUUUUUGCACGGGAACUCUAGAUCAAGAAGGUAUUUCAAGGCAACUGUAGCCUCAACAAUAAUAAGUGUUCCAUUUUUAGGGCUGAUAUUGUGCAUGUUUCGCUAUGCUUUAGCCAUGCGUGACCAGACGACGUCUUAUAAAAUCAGCAAGCAAGCAGAUCAUAUCAGAUGUGUUAUUACAACGUGUCAAAACUCGCGCAGUUUUCAAGCUUGGCUUGUCACAUACAUCACGGUUUUAUUAGUCAAGCAGUUAUCGCACUGUCCAAUGCUUUCAUUUGUUGUCUUUCAAGUUUUAAAACGAAAACUUAAACAUGUCCAACCAAACACAACAGAAAACAAGCUCUUAAGAUUCUGAUCAGUGAAAGCUAUCGCGCUGGAUAACAUCCUAGCAAAGAUAAGUUAUUAUGACGGCAUCUUUUUUCUAGAAUGGAAUGCGAUUUGCGGUUUUGAUUCUGCUGUCUCAAACAUGCCUCUGUAAAACUUCAAGCCACCCAAGUUAAAUUAUUUACGUUCCUUGCUUGUCGGCAAACUUGGUUCUUUGACCUCAAUAUUUGUGCCGUUUUUCUUUGCAAACUACUGAGACCUUAAUGCUUUUAAAAUUAUUUUCAUGUGGUUAAUGAUCGCGUCGUGGCCUGUGAGAUAACUACGAGGAUCUAAUUAGCAGAUGUCAGCUUCUUUUAUGAAGGUUUUCGCCAGAAUGUCACUUUCAUGACUGAAUGCUGAAAUGUUCGAUAUCCCAAGUGACAAACGUUUCAGUUUAGUUGCAGUGCUUAAUCGUUCAGCUCAGACUUAAUUUUCUCACCGCAUAAGAAACAAACGUCGGUGAAAGCAUAAAAGCGAAAGCUGAUUAUAUUACACUUGCGUUCUGUUUAUCGUAAAACUGAAACCCGAGGUUUUACGUCAAACAAACCAAGUUUUAGCACAUAGCGUUGGCAGUCUGUUUUGAAAUUGCGCAAGGUUUAUCUUGUUGUUAGAGAUUUGAAAGUAGAGAAAACUCACAACGCAUGCGAUUAAUUUGAUAAUGAUAAAAAUUAUGCGUACAAAUUUGUCAUAACUCCUUCUUUUAAUACUAAUCUGCGAACCAUCUGGACAUGAUUCCCACUAUGUUGUAAGGUAUUUUAUGUUGUUCUGUUAUUUCCGACCACAAGUCUUUCAAGGAACGCGUAACACACCCUCUAGGGACUUUAGAAAAUACUUUUGCUAAAAGCAUAAUUUACAAGUUUUAAUUCACAGCUAUUCAGGAAAAUUUCCUCUUCACAUGGAGGGAGCAGUGUCCGAUUUCAGUUGCUAAUAAUACACUUCAGAACUGGGUUCACCUUUACCCAUCUACGCCGGCCGCAUCACGUAUUUAAUUUGAAUGACUAAAUCAGAGAUUUCGAAGAUUAAGCUCUAACAGAACGUUUCGUGGGGGACACUUGCCGUAGUUGUAAACGAGCUUUUCAAGAGUCCUGAUGAUAAUAGCUUGCAAAACAACAUGCGGACGUUUGUGGGACAGGCGCGUAAACAUUGCCUGGCAUGUAAACAGCUUCUGUCAGUAAACACACGAACACUAUCGCCACGACUUGCACUAUUGCUCGAGAAGACAGCUUUUAAAAUGCGCGCAACUUCUGCUCACUUUAAUGACAAUAGACUUCAGAGCAAGCUCUGACAAGCACACAGUAUCUUAUGCGGUUUCAAGCAUGUUCGUUAGAAUGUGUUGUUUUCACCUAAAUGUCGUAGUUCUCCGCCCUUCUGACAGCUUUUGACAAAAGGCGUCACGUUUCUUCGUUAUCAAACAGACAAGGAAAUUGAUAGUGAAAUACAAUCCGUCAAAAUUACUUUCAAUUUACGCCAAAUUUAAUAACGGCGACAAAAGUCAGAAGAAUUGUAAAAGUGCGUGUUUCUUUUAACACAAAACAACAUAACACAAACUAGGCGGCCCAGCGAUAGUUUUGUCUUUGUUUCAGCUGUAUUUGAGCUUUUAACGUGUUUAUUAAAGUUCAUUUUGUGUUAUUUUGGAAAAGCUUUUUUCCAGCCCUUUCACAGUCAUGAAAGCCAAUUAAUAGCAGGUGUUGGAAAGAUGUCAAUCAAAUUCAACAAUGGGUUGUUUUACAUACUUUCCAAAGCAUCAAGACAUUUGUUAAUUGUUUUGUGUUCUAAUUAAAUGGUGGUGUGAAAUAUGAAACAUGCAAGCACAAAAACCAUGCCCAUGUCAUGCCUCGAACGCGUUUCUAAUGGACUGCCAUUGAUUUAGGGCUUUUGUAACACGCUCUGAAUUACACUUGAUUACUUUGCUGUAGGCCACUGAAAUGAACGACACGCCCCAGGUCCUGCGUAAAGAACCACGAUGGCUUAGACAAUAGAGAUUGAAAUGUUUAGACAUAUUAUUUGGCUUGGCGGAUGAGCUGUUUCCUGAUUGGUUCGUCAACCUAAUUGGUUCCACUGAGUAUUAUUGAAAAGUGGCUGGUUUUAUGAAAAUACCCAGGAGAAUUGACUAAUGGCUUUGCCUCUGCUUCAAAGUACUUUACGUUGUUCUAUUUUAAGGGAAAAAGCUUAUUAGCCUUUGAGAUACUCUUUCAAAUAUAAUGCUACCCUAAGUCCUUCCUGAAUAAAUUUUCACGCCUGAAAAUUGGCUUCCGAGAGAAAUUGUCGACGAAAUUUCCUGUGAGAUUCCUGAUCAAGUUGCGAAUUCUCUGUUGGUCAUUACAUGACAAGGGCCUAUGGAGAUUCUGAAAAGUGAUUGACAGUUCUGUAUCCAAAAGCCACGAGACAGGCUUGACAAUUCGUUACUGGUUGUGUUGACGGCCGUACACAUCUUUUCCUUACAUUGAGUUGACGGGUUGUAAGUUUAGAAAGCUAUCCAACUGUGUUAGCCCUAAACUGAUUGUCAGCCUUCAGAAUUAAACAUUUGCAGCAAUUUUACGAUAACAAUCCUCCACCGAGCGGCUUGUCACCCUGGAGCGGUGGGAAUACGCAGCGUAUGGCUGAACGGGUCAGUAAGCGAGUGUUCCGUUUGCCAGUGAUGCCGGCCUUUGCAGUAUGUGCGCCUCAUUUUCUGCCCGAUGAGCGGUGCCAUUGCAAGAGGCGCAUUGCAACAGCUGACAAAAUCGUUUAAUUUUGCAGCCCUAUGAUGAAGUGGGCCCUUACGCGAUGGACGUUGCCACUUCCAUGUACGAUCACAAUCGGUCUGGGGCUCCGAUGCAGCAUAUGAACCGCACGAGUGCGACGUCGUACCAUCACCAGCCUGCUGCUGCAGGAGGAGGAGUUUCGAAUACGAUGAGCGCCGUUUCUGAUAUUCAUAAGAGAGAUAAGGAAUUGAUAUACGGGUACGUACGUUACUUGCCAUCAACUGAGUCCCAGCUCGUAUAUUUGAUUUGCAUGUCAUGCUAAAUGUAUCAGUCACUGACCGAUCGACUGAUCUAUCUGUGAAUCUCAGUGAUCACACUCCCAGGCUGUCAAACGUCGCAUAGCUUGAGUUACAUUUGCUGCUUGCAAGCAAGCACGUCUUUACAGCUUCAAAAUUCUUGCAGCUUGUCAGUUAGUUGGCCCUACAGGAUCGGGAUCACUUCCAUUUUCACUGCAUUUCGUUAAAUAAACGCUUAUUAACUGAACUCUAUUCAUUAACAUGAUUGCGUUAAUUCUACUGUCAGGCACUCGCUGUUCCCCCUCCUCGCGCUCAUCUUCGAGAAAUGUGAACUGGCGACGUGCACUCCUCGCGAACCAGGAGCUGUCGGUGGAGAUGUAUGUUCGUCCGCUUCAUUCAACGAGGAUAUCCAGGUCUUUUCGAAGCAGGUAUGUUCACACGUUAUUGUUCAGUGCUUAUGUUUUCCCCAGGCCGUCAGGGGACGGGCAACCGGUGAUCUCUUAGUCUGACGUGAUCUUUGAAAAUCGUCCCUUGAAGUGCUACAGUUUAUAUUUUCCGAGUCAUACACCGGGAGUGAUCAAAUGCGCUAAAUCUCGUAAUGAUUUCCGUUUGUUUGUGUGUUUUUAGUUCAGAAGCGACAAGACGAUUUUCUCGUCCAACCACGAAGUUGAUAGCUUGGUAAGUGAUGUUUUCUUUUACUCGAACCGUAAGCUAUCAUUUCUAAGGUGGACGUGUUAAAAUAUUAAUAUAAACCCGGUUGAUUGAAUUUAAAUAACAUAAAAUGUUGCCACAUGCUUCGCCGCCUUUAUACGUUGAUUUAUACACUCACAGCAGUCCGCCAGCGCUUUGUAUAGCUUUGGUGUUACGAGUCAUAGCAUGAAGGAAUCUUUCUUUACUUUCCCUGAUUUUUGGCGAUUUUUUUAUUUCUCUCUAAUAUAGAUGAUUCAGUCGAUCCAAGUCUUGAGAUUUCACCUACUGGAACUAGAAAAGGUAUGAAGAAUAUUUAUUCUGUGAUGUUUCGAGUGUCAAUUUCUCGUCAGCCAUGAACAGUCAUCAGACAUUGACCCAUUGAACAAAGGUAACUCUGCAGGACACGAAACAACGAUUUCUGUAAAAACCGGGAUGCUCUUAGUACUGUGUAUACAGGCAAAAACCUUCAGACAAUUUUCAGACGAGAAUUUGCAUAAUGCAUACAUUACGCUCAUCUUUAGUUAGAAAUUUAAUCUCGCGCUGUCAUUUGCUUUUAUCCGAAAGAUUUCAAAGGUAUUUCUUGGAGUAAACGCUAACAGUUAGCCAAGUUUCAAAUGGCUAUUGUAGUUGUAAAAUAACAAAACCUCAAUUAGCCGCAACGCCUCUUGUUUUCUUCCUCAAGGUGCACGAACUGUGUGACAACUUCUGUAAACGCUACAUUUCCUGCCUGAAGGGUAAAAUGCCCAUUGACCUUGUAAUGGACGAGAAAGAAAACAUGGGCAAGAGCAGAAGCGACAGCGAUACUCUGGACAUCGAUUCACCGCCAGAAAGCGGCCUGCCACAGGUACAGUAACCUGAAGUGUCAUAAUCUUUUGCCACGGAGAUCACUUUCCGAGCUGGGCACUCGCUUGGUGGCUUUCUUCUGGUGGGCGAAAGACGCACGGUCUUAGGUGUAAAUUUCUUUCACAACAUCACAUUAUCAUCUAAGUGGAUGAAUGGCUAUUAGUCUCGAGAAUGAUACCGCACUGCGACCGUUAAGUCCUCGCAAUCCCGCGAUAGAAUUAAGUAUAGCCUGCAGCGCGGCUCAAAGUAACUUUUUUAUCGCUCAGGUCGCGCGCCUAACCUGAUUGACGAACACUGAGUCGGGAGUAUUUACGUUACGCCCCGCGGCGAUGUUUUCCAAACUUUCUUUGUCCUAUGAAUUGAAUGGGAAAGCAAAAAUAAAGUGUGUGUGUGUGUGUGGUUACUGUAUUAACGACGGUCGUCCAACAACCAGCCGUCACGAAAAGUCACCAGAAGUCAUAUAUUCGAGCACCAAUUGGACACUUUUGAUGGCGUUGUGCUUUGUCAAGUCGUUAAAAGUUUUUAUGGCGCACAGACAGCAGGUUUGCCGGCUUGACGUGUUGAAAAAAGUUCUACCGUGGCCCAAACACGAGCAUUUAUCUAAAGAUCAAAUUCACACCUCUGGGUUUUGAAACUGACACAAACAACACUAACAAGUGAAUGGGUUGAAUGGUUACCUGUUUUCACCUAAGACAGGUAGAACAAGCGGGCUCUCAGACGCCUCGCGGGAUAAAAGGCUCAGCGAAUUGCCCCGAUUAGAGUUUGUAGAGUUAUUAUCGCGGCGGGAAAAAAUGUAAUUGUAAGUGGGAAUUUUGUCAAUUACUCCUUCAUAAUCACUGCUGAAAAAAAAAUAACGUUACAUGUUAAAACUUUUUACACCUCCCGCUUUAACUUUCGUCUUUAUUUUAUGGAAACAAUCGAUUGCUUUUCUUCGGUUCUGUGCGGUAACACGAGUGCAAGACACGCGAUAAAUAAUAUUUUCUUUGUUUUGCCUCUUCUAGCCACCAAAUCCUCAGAACUGGCAGCCUGGGCAAGGAGAUGAAGCGGCAGGCUCUGGGUCGAACUCUCAGUCGUCGUCUCGGCCGCCAUCGAACUCGGGGGUUGAUGGACCCACGACUCCGGAAGGUAAGGAAAUGGUAAAAGCUUUUAUUAAAAGCGACAUUUCUAUCACUUCUUUAUUAAAUUGUUUCCGUAUUCGAUGUCUUUUUAAUAAUGUCUUCAAUAAUAUAUCACUAAAAGAAGAACUUAUCAGGGGGGACUGUUUUAUCGUGCCUUUAUUAUGCUAAAUGAGUGGCUCUUUGCUAUUGUUGUAAUCCACGUUGGCAAUUAUGUAAAGAGUGGGAUUGAACAGAGAAGUUAUUGGUUCAGCCCUACGUCUAUUCUUGUGGCCUUUUAUUGAGUUGAAAGCUUUAUGUCUCUGUUGACACAGCUGCAUAAAGGCUUUCUUUCUGUUGGUAAUUAAAAAGAAUAUCACUUUACGCGUUUUACGGGAAUAAGGCAUAUGCAAAUUUUGGUUGCUUUCCAUCAUUUGCAUACGCUUCCAGUCAUUAUCUGUCCUUUGCUAGCAGAAGCAAGACAAUCUAAGCACAGGAAGUUUCCAGUCUGUUUCGUGAUUCUCUUAUCCCUGUAAAUAGUAAACAGACUGGCUGCGAUAAAUGAAACUUCAAAUUGAACCCUAAAAAGUCCAUAGAAGUCUUAUCGCGUGUUUUUUACUUAGUGAACGCCUUCCUUUGAUUGCGAGGUGACAAGAAUAUUUUCUAAUACAAACACGACUAAUUGUCAAAGAAAAGUUACAAUUAGGGCCAAGCGGACGAAAUAAAAAAGAUUUUUCGCAAAGCUUGCUCGCUUUGUAUGUACAAACAAAAGGAAAAAAAUCGUUUGACGAAAUUAUUUUGACAAUGGAAAGACGAUAAAAUUAACAGCUAGUAACAGAUGUGCCAUUUUCGUUUACAAAGUGUCAAACAUCAAACCUUUAAAAAGUGAAAACUGAAGAAAUCAUUUUAAUGAAGAAAAGAAUAUUUAUAAAAGUGUCUGAUCCUGACAGAGACAAGGGUUUUCUCGAGAACUGAAGAUUCCCUUCCAAUCAGCAAAUUUUCUUCCAGGAUUUGAGCCAAAUGUUAAUUAAUCGCAAGGACACAUCAGUCAUUUGGACACAUUUCUGCGAUGGCAACUUGUCCUUUGGUGCUCCAUGCUUUCGAUGUCAAGAUUUCAUAUAGCUCACUUAAGUUGAAAAAUGUGUGUGUUUUAAAAAUAUUGAAGCCGAUAAUAGCUUGCCUUUCAUUUAAGUGCAUGUGUACCAUCCUUUUCUGUCAUUGUCUUACUGCUUGACAGUAUUUCUUGAUUCUUUGAUAAAUCUGACAAGAUAGCCUCUUGCAAUUUCCUCCAGUAAUUUCCUGAAGUAGUGUCAACCAAUAAUUCAUUAUGCUUUUGUCGUCACUUAUAUCUACAAUCUCCGGGGUUUAGUUUCGGGAUUCGAGAAGUGAAAAACAAAGACGAAGAAGCUCUGUCAAAUUAGUGCGCGACUGUUCUUGUGGAGCCCCCUCUCACAGCUACAAUCGUUUGCUAUUCAAAGCCUUCGAGCUGUCAAGUGCUUUUGGAAUUUGUUCUCUCUAUGCCCUCUCGAGAAUGCCCCAUGGAAAGCAGUUUCAAGAGCUUUAUUGCUGUCACGAACGAAUAACAGGUGAAAUGGGGGCAAAAUGAAUUAGUAUGACUUAAGGGCUGUUGUAAGUAUUUAAGUGAACCUGAUGGGUUUUGUCAGCCUCGAAGUGCUCGUAGUGUCAAAUUUCAAGCACCUAUCUUUCAUAAAUUCUUCUCAUGGUGGCGAAAUUCUAGUCUUCAACUGGGCAUUGCUUGGGCAAAUUAAUUAAUCUCAAAUAACUCGAAUUUUAGAGUUGGGCGGCCAUUCAUUGUCUUAUCGACUUGUUGAAGGUAGUUUAAAUCGUGCUCAAGUUUCUCAUCCAGGCUUUUUUUCCCUUAACAGAUAGGAAACAAAGUCAUAAAACGCGCUGAUAGCGUUCGAUUAAUUUAAUUGCUUCUUGUCAAAAGAUUGAAAGGAAAAAUUCCCCAAAAAAGUAUUGGUUAGGAGUGAAAAAACAUCCAAUUUGACACCGCUUAUGAAAUCUCAUCGACGAAGUCGAGUUGUCCAAUUGAAAAGUGGUAGUGAAAGAGAUCUUUUAAUCCGUAAUUGACAUGCGAAAAAUAUUUUCACUCGAGUGACAAUGGCGUGCGUGAAAGCUAAGAAGGAUUUAUUAUUACUGCCAAUAAUCCUACGGUCUUACGCGCCAAACUCAUUGCUUCGCAAUGUGUUUCUUCCUUGCUCUAGACGCGACUCCAGGCUAUUUUUUGUCUGCCUUUAUUCUGUUCGAAACCAGAUGUUUGCUUGUGUAUCGCCUCAUUUUCAUAACGACAUUUCGAGAGAAAAGACGUUUUCUUUUUGAUUUGGAGUAUUUAGCAUUCUUUCGUAAUGUUUACUUAAUCCAAGACACUGUGCUAACAUUUUCCUCCUUUUUCCACCCACUGUUUGCUUUGUCGCCUCUAAGGGGCAUAAUGUGGCAUGCAAUCUUACGAGAAAAGCGCUAGGGGCCAAGCGGUGCGGACACUCGUGUCCAGCGGGGUGGGGCCUUUCACGAGAAAGGGAUAAUAUUUUUGUCCACCUCAACCGGCAAAAUAAAAGCCGUUCCGCCUCCUCCAUUGUUUCACAAAAAGUUUAGGUCAACAGGCCAUACGACAACGCUCUUAUCGAUAUUAUCAAUUCGAUGGGAACUUGGAGUGGUUUCACUAAUAUGUAUUUGGAGGAAAUGGGUUGUCUUCUCUUGAAUGACACCAAUAACACUAUUGCGAAAAGCUCUGGGAACGUGUCAAGUAGGUCUUUGUAAUUUUUUGACAGGAAUCUAGAGUAGCAGGUGUUGCCUUAAGCUUCUUCUCCUUGGCAGAAGUUUGAGAGUGUUAACCAUCAAACCUUCACAAGAAAAUUAGGCUGUCACAAGAAGCUUAAUCCUCCCUGUAUGCAAACCUGCCUGUCCACGCUAUUACAACCUUUUAAGUGUAUGAGGGGAUAAAAAUUGCAAAUGUGAUCGCCUUAACAACGUGUCGUAUUCAUUACCGUCUGAUUCAAUAUUCUCUCAGUUCCUGCGACGUGUAAUAGAAUAAGUUCUUGAAGUGGCCCUCGGUAACGACAGUACUUUCUCAGACAACAUGGCGUGCCUCUUUAUUUCAGACCCUUCGCUAAACACGUCUGUUGGUUCUGAAGACGGCACGGGCGACAACACGGAUGAUGAACAGUCAAAGAAAAGCCAGAAGAAAAGAGGAAUCUUUCCUAAAGCGGCUACAAAUAUAAUGAAGGCCUGGUUGUUUCAGCAUUUGACGGUAAGCAAUACCCUGUCCACCAACACCUUACAGGUGUCUGUUUAGUUUCGAUAGAUUUCACUCAAUCGUACAAGUUUUGGACGAUAGAACAGCAUCACCCCAAUUCCAUAAUUUCACAGCAUUUGGUACGAGUAGAAGGUCUUUUAGGUUCGGGAAAGGAGCAGAGCUUAGCUAGCUGGUUGGAAAACGGAACGAAAGGCGCAUCGUCAUCACCAUAAAAAACUUGAUUUCUUCUGUACCUUAAGAAAAUCUUUAAAUACAAGCAAACGACUGUCAAAUCCCAUUUCUAACUCAAGAGACAAUUGAACCCUGAUAGGAGAUUGUUGAACUUUUCUUUAAGCACUCUUUAAUUCGUCAAAGCAGAACAGGGCAAGAGUAGCUGGUGGAGGCAUUGAUGUUCAAAGCACCAGUUUUCACUUCCUUGUUUCCCGAAACCUGCUUCACGCAGCGUUGCUACUCAAGAGCGUUCGAAGUUCGUUCAAGAAUAAAUGUAGUUUACGUUUCCGUAGGUUUAUUCAUUUUAUCGCCCUGAUCUUAGAAAUUAGACAAAACAAAACACCCAAUUCGGCUCUGUGUUUUGUUAAUUGUUACUGUUACACGACCAUUUUCUUUGUCGUCACGGCUUUUAAGCUUAAUUGUUCUGUACCACAAUGGUCUUUUCAUUACGCGGUGAACUGAAGUAGCUUUUAAUAACUUUCCUACUAGCACCCGUACCCUUCCGAGGAACAGAAGCGUUCUUUGGCGCAAGAAACGGGACUUACUAUCCUUCAAGUUAAUAACUGGUGAGUGAAUGUUGCAUCUUAAUUGCUUGGCUUAGAAAGGAACAAAGCGAUACGUAUUUUCAAACACUUUUUUGUCGGAAAGAAAAUAAUGUGUGUAAUAACAGCAGCUUUGAAAUUGCAUUGGCAGAUUUUAGCUAAUGGUUAACAUUAUCUACUUAAUUUUAUGGAAAAAAAAUUUUCCGUGAAUUUCUUAAUAUUUUCAUGAUGUGCAAAAAUAGAAUGUCAAAACUAUUGCAUUUAUUUGGCAGGUUCAUCAACGCUAGACGGCGUAUUGUCCAACCAAUGAUAGAUGCCUCGAACAGAGCAGGAAAAUCACCGGUUGUCACGGUAUUUAAGUCACGAAGAAGGAAAAACUCGCUUGGACAAGGACUUCCAUCUCCAGGACCGAGAUUCGGCCCUCCAGGAGCACCACCUGGUUAUUACCCCGACCAGCACCCGCCCCCACAUCCGAAUUACCACAUGGAUGGUGGAGUUCCUCAACCGCCACAUUUUGGACCGCGAGGGUACAUCCAAACAGGUGAUCCUUCAGUCAGUGGAGUAGGCACAAUCCCUCCUAUGUCAGCUAUGUCAGCAGGACCACAUUCAAUGCACGCUCAAAUGCCUCCUCACGCUUACAGAUCGCCUAUGCCUCCAACCUCGGUUCACCAAGGCCAGCCUAUGUACAUCCCUGGGCACCCACAUGCAAUGAUGAUGCCCCCACCGGGGCACCCGCACGCACAUCCCCAUCAUCCCGGUCACCCGGCACAUCCAGGACAUCCCGGCGCACAGCUCAUACCUUCUACACAAACUUCACCCACUUUAAUUUCAUCGGAAAAUGUGUUGACAAUGACACAACCAGUUAUGGACAUGCAUUCGAGUUAAAGUUAAACGAAAUAUGAACAAUGUUGACUGAUCUAGCAAUUGCUUGUUUGUUUCGCUUUGGCGUUCAGCCAUAUCGAUUAGUGAAGUAUUUUUAGACAUUCAAAAGAUCUUCCCCCAAAAAUAGAGAAUUAUUGAUUUUAUCGCCAGAGUUUGUAAAACUUUCGGUUAAUGAAGAUUUUAUAGGAAAAAGUUGGUGUUAUUAUGGAUUCCAAUUACCCCUUUUAGCCCUAAUGAUAACAAGGGGUUACUUUCUCUCUAGGAUAUAACUCCUUAAUCAAGCCUUUUAGGCAAUGAGAAUAUAGGAAGUGAUCGACAGAAAUAGUCAUCAAAUUCUCCUUUUUAGUUCCGUAUAAAACGUGUGAAAAGUACUGAUCAUAAAUAGGGAUUAAAGGGUUAAUUGGCAUCCGUUCGUGUGAUGAUUCCAUUGCUGCCUUGUACUCUUCCUUUCAAAAAGGAAAUUUUAGAGAAAAAAUGAACUAAGUUUUUGUAUGAUUUUAAAUAGUCUAUUCCAAGAAAGGAGUUAAUGUUGAUAUGAUGUACCAUAUUUGAGUAUUAACGACAGUUUCUUAGUAUUUUGUUUAUAUAUGUGAUGCUAUUUUAUAAAUGCAAAUAGAUAGACUUUUAAAAUUAAUCCAGAUAUAUAUGACCAUGAUUGAAGAAUUAUGUAUUUGUGAGAAUUGAAAGAAGAGAGAAAUAUAAAAGCCUACUCGAAGCACGAUG